UACUUGAAAUCGUCGCUUGCCACAUGCUAAAAGUGUCAAUCAGAAGGCACAAGUUCAUCAACAUGAGUCCAAGCUGGAUGAGAACGGCGGCCUGGCUGCUGGGGCUCUACUGCCUCCUGUGCGUCGCUGCGAUGGCCCAGGGUGCCAGCAAUUCGGGAGCGCUGGCUGCGCCCGCCGCAUCCACUUCAUCCGCUGCAUCCGCCAAGGAUGUGGCACACAUGCACAGGCCCAAGCGGCUGGACAGGCGAUCAGGAGCGGGCAUGGCAGCCAUCAAGCAGCCCAAGCAACUGGCCAGAAGCGCUCACGGGCUCAACAAGAAGCUGCUCAGCCAGAUGGGCUUCAUGAAGGUGAAGGCGCCCAACAGCCACAACAGGAAGCGACUGGCGGUUGAGUCACGACGCCAUUCCUCGCGCGAUGAUUCACACAUGUUCAUCAUCAAAUUGCCGCCAAAUAUGCACUACUAUGCUGGACCCGGUGCGAAGAAUUCCGUCGCGGAUCAGCAGGACAAGUCUGGCCAUGGCAACCAUGGUGCCCACAAAGGUAACGCACCCAGCAAGAUGACACUGGCGACAGCCACAACUAGCGCAGCAGCAGCCGCAUCAGCAGCAGCAGCAAAAUCAGCAGCAGCAUCAACCGCAGCAGCAGCAGCAGCAGUUGCAGUUGCAACAUCGCCAGUUGCCGAGGCGUCGGCGUUGAAAGCUAACGGGAAAAAGGUCUCGUUUCCCUUCAGCUCGAAUGGCCGGCCGGGCCGCAUCUACCACUGGAACCUGCCCGUCCUGAAGGAGGCGCUCGCCAAGAAGCCCCACUUCGCCCACGUCUCGGCGGCGGAUCGCAACAGGCUGCUGGACAUCCAGAGCGUGCCCACCUGGCGCCAGCCCUGGGAGAACGAGACCGCCGAGAAGGGCUUCAGUGCGGGCGGCGGCAAGGCCAAGUACCGCAAGUCGCUCAAGCCCAAGUCACCCACAUAUUAUGCACCCGCGCAGGCGGUCAGCAAGCAGAGCUUCCACAAGUACUUUGCGGGCAAUGGCAAGCCCAAGGGAUUCUAUGUCAUCAAGGAGCACCAGAAGAAGCCGCAGUUCUACCAGAACAUCAUCUCGUAAUCCAGCGGCCCUGGUGCCCCUGGAUGCACCCUCGAAAGACUGCGGUGACGGGCGUUCUGUUUUCAAUCUUCUUAACCGGGGAGCUCCACUCCUCUUCCGUCCAGUUUCCACUCGGAUUCCUUUCCCGGCGACUCCCCACUACAUCUAUGGCAUCCUGAGCAACUGUUUAACAAGUGCGAUGGGUGCGGUCUAUUUUUAUACCACGGCAAUGAAUACAAUAACAGGUGGGCUGGUCCAAGGUGGGUGCACCUCAUCUCAAUCUACGGUCAGCCAUGUCAGCACAAAGAGGUCAAUACGCAGUCCUUUCAUUUGAGAUUUUAGUGCUGCCAAAAUCAUUAUGGUAAAAACAGAACAGACUGAGUUGGAAUCUCUGACUAGAUCACAACGGAGUUAAAACUAAUCGGAUUAUAUACUUGUAUAUUGAAAUUUUAAUUGAAAUUUUAUACUCAAACUUUAAUCAGCUUUGUGGCAGAUUUCAAUGAGCUAUAUACGUUUCGUAGCCUGAAAUAUUUGAAUAGUAUUUCUUGUGGACUUCACAUUGACCUUCAUACAUAUCGGUUCGAUCUGAAAUCCUUGAGUCCGAACCUUAUGAAGGACACCCAGCCGAAGGACCAGCCCAAACUGCAUUUAGCUAAGCAACUGCGGCAAGCA